CAACGAAUAUUCGAUCGAACAAGUCUUAAAUAUUUUUCAUUCUUCUCUUGGUUCUUAAAAAAGUGUAAACCAUUUCUUGAGGAUAUUUUAUAAAAUUCUAUAAUUGUGUGAACAUAAAAUAUUGUGGAAAAUAUAAUAAAAUCAAGAUUCGUGAAUUUAUAAUCACAUCUGGAUAUUCAAAAAAAAAUCACCGGAUUAAUUUUCAUCAUUUAUUUGGAUUAACACAGAUUAAUUUUAAUUAAGUCACUUAAUUAAACGAAAAUCAAUUAAGAAAAUGGGUGGAUUUGAACAACGACCUUGGACUCCUACAAAGCGACGUGGACCAAUUGCAGCAGAAAUGUCAAGUCCUGGACCGGCUUGCGUUCAACUUCCAAACCUCUUAGGAACAAAAAUACUCGAAAGCAAGAAAGCAGCGGCACCAGCUUUCAGUUUCGGUGCUCGUCAUAUGAAUAAAAACUCAACUUAUGGGCCGGGCCCAGCUCAGUAUAACAUUACGGGACUAGCAGCUAAAGGAAAAGAUACACCGCCUCAAAUUUCCCUUCAAUCAAGGGCUAAACCUUCGAAAGUUAUUGAAACACCAGCGCCUGGCGAAUAUCAUAUUGAAAAAUCGGACAAGUAUAUUGUUCAUGCGGCGCCGAAAUUUACAUUUGGAGUUAAAAAAUAUUGCGGUAUUACAAACUAUGAAACACCAGCACCAGGAGCUUACGAACCUGAAAGAGUGAAUCUAGAUCACACUCCAGCAUAUUCCUUCGGUAUAAAAACCAACGUUGAAAGGCGAAACGACGUUCCUUCCCCAUGCCAAUAUGCUCCAGAAAAAGUAAAUCUAGAUCAGACGCCAGCUUAUUCGUUUGGUAUAAAAACUGAAGCAGAAAAGCCAAAUGGUGUACCAGCACCUGGUCAGUAUUCUCCAGAGAAAGCUAAUCUUGAUCAAACCCCAUCAUAUUCAUUUGGUGUGAAAACCAAUCUUGCAAAACCAAAUGGAGUACCAGCUCCUGGUCAAUAUGACGUUGAUAAAGUAAAGCUUGACAACACACCAGCUUACACUUUUGGUACCAGAACCAAUCUCGAGAAACCAAAUGGUGUACCAGCACCUGGUCAGUAUUCUCCAGAAAAAGCUAAUCUUGAUCAAACCCCAUCAUAUUCAUUUGGUGUGAAAACCAAUCUUGCAAAACCAAAUGGAGUACCAGCUCCUGGUCAAUAUGACGUUGAUAAAGUAAAGCUUGACAACACACCAGCUUACACUUUUGGUACCAGAACCAAUCUCGAGAAACCAAAUGGUGUACCAGCACCUGGUCAGUAUUCUCCAGAAAAAGCUAAUCUUGAUCAGACGCCAUCAUAUUCAUUUGGAGUGAAAACAAAUAUUGAUAAACCAAAUGGAGUACCAGCUCCUGGUCAAUAUGACGUUGAUAAAGUAAAGCUUGACAACACACCAGCUUACACUUUUGCACCUGGUCAGUAUUCUCCAGAGAAAGCUAAUCUUGAUCAAACCCCAUCAUAUUCAUUUGGUGUGAAAACCAAUCUUUCAAAACCGAAUGGAGUACCAGCUCCUGGUCAGUAUUCUCCAGAGAAAGCUAAUCUAGAUCAGACGCCAGCUUAUUCAUUUGGAGUGAAAACUAAUCUUGCAAAACCAAAUGGAGUACCAGCUCCUGGUCAAUAUGACGUUGAUAAAGUAAAGCUUGACAACACACCAGCUUACACUUUUGGUACCAGAACCAAUCUCGAGAAACCAAAUGGUGUACCAGCACCUGGUCAGUAUUCUCCAGAGAAAGCUAAUCUUGAUCAAACCCCAUCAUAUUCAUUUGGUGUGAAAACCAAUCUGGCAAAACCAAAUGGAGUUCCAGCUCCUGGCCAAUAUUCUCCAGAAAAAGCUAAUCUAGAUCAGACGCCAGCUUAUUCGUUUGGUGUGAAAACUAAUCUUGCAAAACCAAAUGGAGUACCAGCACCUGGUCAAUAUGAUGUUGCCAAACUAAAGCUUGAUAACACACCAGCUUACACUUUUGGUACCAGAACCAAUGUUGAUAAACCAAAUGGUGUACCAGCACCUGGUCAGUAUUCUCCAGAAAAAGCUAAUCUUGAUCAAACCCCAUCAUAUUCAUUUGGUACUAGAACAAAUGUUGAGAAACCAAAUGGAGUACCAGCUCCUGGUCAAUAUGAUGUUGACAAAGUAAAGCUUGACAAUACACCAGCUUACACUUUUGGUACUAGAACAAAUGUUGAGAAACCAAAUGGUGUACCAGCACCUGGUCAGUAUUCUCCAGAAAAAGUAAAUCUUGAUCAAACACCAGCUUACACUUUUGGUACUAGAACAAAUGUUGAGAAACCAAAUGGAGUUCCAGCACCUGGUCAGUAUUCUCCAGAAAAAGCAAAUCUUGAUCAAACACCAGCUUACACUUUUGGUACUAGAACAAAUGUUGAGAAACCAAAUGGAGUUCCCGCUCCUGGUCAGUAUUCUCCAGAGAAAGCUAAUCUUGGUCAGACGCCUGCUUAUUCGUUUGGUGUGAAAACUAAUCUUGCAAAACCAAAUGGAGUUCCAGCACCUGGUCAAUAUGAUGUUGACAAAGUAAAGCUUGACAAUACACCAGCUUACACUUUUGGUACUAGAACAAAUGUUGAGAAACCAAAUGGAGUUCCAGCACCUGGUCAGUAUUCUCCAGAAAAAGCAAAUCUUGAUCAAACACCAGCUUACACUUUUGGUACUAGAACAAAUGUUGAGAAACCAAAUGGUGUACCAGCACCUGGUCAGUAUUCUCCAGAAAAAAUAAAUUUUGAUCAAACACCGGCUUAUUCGUUUGGUGUGAAAACAAAUAUUGAUAAACCAAAUGGAGUUCCAGCACCUGGUCAAUAUUCUCCAGAAAAGGCUAAUCUAGAUCAAACGCCAGCUUAUUCGUUUGGUGUGAAAACCAAUCUUUCAAAACCAAAUGGAGUACCAGCACCUGGCCAAUAUUCUCCAGAGAAAGCUAAUCUAGAUCAGACGCCAGCUUAUUCGUUUGGUGUCAAAACCAAUAUUGUAAAACAAAAUAAUGUGCCUGCUCCUGGAGCCUACGAAAUAGUAAAUGUCAAAAUGGAUAAGGGACCUGCUUACUCGUUCGGAAUGAAAGUUAACGUUAGGAGAGUAAAUAACACUCCAGGACCCUUCGAAUAUCAACCUGAAAAAGUAAAACUUAGCUCGGGACCAGCUUAUUCAUUUGGUAUCAAGGUAAAUCCAAACAACAGACCAGCCCCCAACGUCUACAAGAUUCCGACGGUAUUAGGAUCAUCUAAAGAAGGUCCAAUAAGAUCUGCACCAGCUUAUUCAAUCACCGGAAAAUUAAAGAAAAAACUUCCACAAUGCGUUCAGUUCCCAGGACCUGGAACUUACGAUGCCAAAUUAGAUUAUAUGCUUAAAAAGCCACCAGUAUUUUCAAUGGGAUCAAGAUAUAACAUUCCGUCCGAUACAAAUUUAAAGCCUGGCCCUGGUGCACAUCGACCGGAGAAAUUAAACUUGGGUCAUGUGCCUGCAUAUUCAUUCGGAAUUAAACAUUCUGAAUAUUUGGGGCAUUUCCGAGAAAUACAAUUGCUUAAGAAAUCAGUUAACAAUCGAAAAUAUCAUAAACAUGUGAUUACUACUGAUACUUUCCUUAUGAAUUUACCUAAAUUGAUUUCUAAAACUGCUAAUAUUUAUAGUAAAAACAUGUCUAAAACAGUGAAAAAUUGUGGAAAUAUCGUGUGGAUGGACAUGGAAAUGACCGGUCUCGAUUUAGAUAAAAAUCGAGUAAUUCAGAUAGCAAUGCUUGUAACUGAUGCUCAUCUUAAUAUUAUAUCACCUGAACCAUUAGUAACAGUAAUAAAACAAAGUGACGAUGUGUUGGAUAAUAUGAAUGACUGGUGUAAAGAGAACCUUAAGGACAUAGAGAAAGCUUCUAAAAAGUCAAGCAUUACAGAAGAACAGGCUGAAGAAAUGAUGAUAAAUUUUAUGACUCGUUAUGUCGAGCCAAUAUCAGCUCCUUUGGCAGGGAACAGCAUAUACAUGGAUCGAAUGUUUUUACGUAAAUAUUUUCCACGUGCUGACAGUUAUCUUCACUAUCGCAUCAUUGACGUCUCUAGCGUAAAAGAACUUUGUGGAAGGUGGAACCGAAAUGUCUACAAUUCAGCACCACGAAAAGCUCUCAAGCAUAGAGCAUUGGAAGACAUUACAGAAAGCAUAAACGAGUUGAAACAUUAUAAAGAAAAUUUUUUUAUUGUAGUUGACAAAAAACAGAAAAGAAUGGACACGAUUUAUUCUUUCCUCUCUGAAGGAAUGGAUCGUCGACCAGCUUAUGGCUUCAGUCACAGACUUCGAGCUUCGGUUGAGAAAGAUCAAAUCACUCCAUCACCUUUAGAUUAUCAUGCAGAAAAAGUAUCUUUGGGUCCAUCGACAAAAUCUUAUUCAUUUGGACAUCGUCCAAGAACAAAUUUUGUUCGAGAUUACGACACACCUGGUCCCGGAGAAUACUUCAUAGCUGAAGAAGUUCCAGUGAGAAGACGAUCAGGUUAUAGUUUUGGAUCGAAGCCACAUCCAAGUACACAGCGGUCUUUUACGCCCGGUCCAAAAUAUAUGCCAAAUGAUGUUGGAUCAUUUCAACCAUCUCGAGGCUUUUCCUUCGGUCAUCGAUCAAAGGGUAGAAAGUUUUCAGUCACACCUGGGCCCGGUGAAUAUGAAUGGGAGAAAUUUGUAUUCAAAGAUACUCCAGCUUAUUCAUUUGGUGUAAAGAAUCAUAUGCGUGGACGGAAUGACUUUUUCCGGAACAUUACACCAGCUCCUUUAGAUUAUCGGCCGGAAGCGAAGUCAACAAAAACUUCGCCUGCUUACUCAUUUGGAACACAAUCUCGUGGACGGAUAUUUAUGCCCAAGGAUUUAGACUUGCCUGGCCCAGGUGAAUACAACACGAAUUGUAAGAGCUUCAGUAAAAAUGAGAAAGGCUUUUCAUUUGGAUUAAGG